AGGAGUUCUUGCAAGACGAAAACUUCCGGUUCCAAAUUGCACGGUGUGGCGUGAGACACCGAGAAACUUGCAAAAUGUCUCGCAGUAAAAAUGAUUUAUGUGCUCGCAUAUUGAAAGACCUUUAUGGAGAACUUCCUUACAAAAUAGGAAAAUAUCUAAUGGCCAAGGGAGCGUGCCCCCUCCGUUUAAUAACUACAGACACUAAAAUUCCUCACAACAGUGUAAAGAGAGUCCUGUGGGUGCUGAGUCAUCAAAAUAUAGUUAACUUUGAGCAAAACAAAAAAUCUGUCAUUGAAUAUGGGAUAUCUUGUGAUAGAAUUUUGUGGCAUGUUAGAUACCCUAAGUACAUAUACUGUGCAAAGACUCUGUAUGGAGAUGCUGCAGAACUCAUGGUGGAGGAACUACUACAGGGAGGUCAAGGUCUCAUGAGUGGGGUCGUUUCUAAGGUAACAGAGCGUCUCAAUGAAGCACUGGAAGCAUCAGGUCAUCCUAAGAUCAACAUGUCUUUGGUUAAGGACAAGUUUUCAAGUUUGGUGAGAACUCACUUUCUGCAAAGAAGCUUGGAGCCUGUGAAGGGUGAUAAUGACAGAGUUAUCUCCCUUCAGUCGCCACAGAACAGAGAGGACUUGUUCCAAACCCCAACAGAGGCAGAUGGUCCCAAGAGGAAGCGGUCAGUUGACGACCACUCCAACCCAACCAAGAAACUCAGAACUGAAGAAGGAGAGAAAGAGGUUCCAUUUGAUGAUGGUCUGUACUGGCAGGUGAACUUCGACCGCUUCCACCAGCACUUCCGGGACCAGGCCAUCAUUGAUGCUGUUUGUAACAAGAUAGAUAAGAAAGCUGGUGAGAUUGUACGGACCAUGCUUCGUCUCAGUGAAGUGAGGACGGAGCAGUCAGCCCCUGUUACCAUGCCGAUGUCAAUCAACGAGAUUUCCCAAGCUCUGCCCAAAGACCAGGGGAUGACUUUGAGAGUGUUAGAACAGUACCUGUCCAUUAUCGCUGAUGAUUCUUGUGACUUUGUCAGCAAAGUGGGUGACAGUGGAGGGGGAAUGUAUGUCGUCAACAUCUUCAAGUCUCUCACAGCUCUCUGCAAGGCACACAUUGAAUCUUUGGUGCAGGAAAGGUUUGGCUCCAAGUGUUUGAGACUGUUUCGAGUUCUCCUUCUGAAGAAACACGUGGAGCAGAAGCAGAUAGAGGAGUGUGCUAUGAUCCCUGCGAAGGAAGCCAAGGAGCUGCUGUACAGCAUGUUCGCUGAGAACUUUGUGUCCAUCACGGAGAUCUCAAAGACUCCUGACCAUGCCCCAUCCAGGACAUUCUACCUGUUUAAGGUGGACAUCGACCAGGUGGCUCGCAUGUUGCUGGAGAGAUGCUACAAGGCCCUCGCUAAUGCAAUGAUGAGAAGAGAAAUGGAGGUAGCUGAUCACAAACGUCUGCUGGACAAGCAGGAGCGUGUGGAGGCCAUCAUUGCAUCUCUGGAGCAGGAGGGAGGAGAGGCAGCCCAGAAAGAAGAGAUUGAACAGAUGAUCACACCACCAGAGCGGGCCCAGCUUGAUAAAGUCAAGAAAACUGUCAACAUGCUGGAUAGCUGUGAAGUUCAGCUGGACAACACCAUGUUUCUCCUGGAGACCUAUUUGGAAUACACCAAGAUACCUCUACCUGUCGUGAAGAAAAAACAAGCACUCUAGAAGCCACUGUAAAUAAAUCUAUUAAACAUAUUGUAAUAUGC